AGUAAAGUAGGAGGAGAGAAGACGAGGGGAAGCCUCUUGCUUCAGGUGACCAAAGUAUUACGUAAAGAAGGCUGCAAACACGUCUACCAGCCUGGAAGUGAUUGUUUCUGGGGAAAUCAACGUCUUCCUACAACCUGAGCUCCACAGACAGGUGUGCAGUUUUCACCUUCAGCACAGCGUGGAUUUGGGCCUGGACCACCAGUGCUAAGCACAACAUGGACAGCACAGAGAACCUGCUUUCUGGCCCAGAUUUUGAGGAAAACGAUGGCUUCACAUCCAAUCUGACAGCCGCCAACGACAGCUUGAUUUACACGUCUCUUCUGUCACCAGCAAUGGACAAAACCAUCAACAUCCUAAUGAUCGUCGUGCUGUUCAUCACCAUGGUUUCACUUGGAUGCACCAUGGAGGUGACCAAGAUCAAGGAUCACAUCCUGAAACCAAAAGGUGUGGCCAUUGCCGUUCUUUCCCAGUACGGCAUCAUGCCCCUCACAGCCUUUUGCUUGGCGAAGGGGUUCCAGCUGCCUGAAACCACAGCUGUGGUGAUUCUGAUCUGCGGCUGUUGUCCCGGAGGAGCUCUAUCCAACAUCCUGGCACUCGCUCUGAAGGGAGACAUGAACCUCAGCAUUGUGAUGACCACCUGCUCCACGCUGCUGGCUCUGGGCAUGAUGCCUCUGCUGCUGUUCCUGUACUGCCAGGGCUUCUCCAACCUGCAGAAAGCAGUGCCGUACGUUGACAUCAUCGUAUCCCUGGUUGCGAUCCUGGUGCCUUGUGGCACCGGCAUCCUCAUCAACUACUUCCGGCCGCAGUAUUCAAAGAUGAUCACAAAGGUGGGCCUCUGUGUUUUGAUGAUCUCCAUCGUUGUGAUUGGCAUCAUUUCCACGGUGGAGAUCGGAGGCUCCCUCCUCAACGUGCUCUCGCCUCCUCUCAUGGCCAUCGCCGCCCUCAUGCCCCUCAUCGGCUACGCCUUCGGCUACAUCAUCUCCUCGGCCUUCAGGCUCAACCAGUCGGAGCGGAGGACCGUUUCAAUGGAAACCGGCUGCCAGAACAUCCAGCUGUGCGCCACCAUCCUGAAGGUGGCCUUUCCUCCAGCUGUGAUCGGACCCAUGUACCUGUUCCCCCUGGUCUACGGGUCCAUGCAGCUGACCGAGGCCGCCAUGCUCAUCGUUCUGUUCAGGUGCUACCAAAGGUUCACGAGAAAAGGCCGAGAGACGUACCAGCCAGCAUCUACGGAAGAGAAGCUGAAGAUCGCAGAAGGGACUGCAUGAUCGUCACAUAACGGAUGCAUUUUCACCCAAAAAUCACGCUGCUCAUUGCAAAGCUGGCUGACAAACUUGAAACAUGUGGAAAACUGUCAUGUAUUUUUAAAUAAAGACAAAAUUCAGGGUUUAUUAAAACCGAUUUAUUCAUCAAGUCUAUUUUUCAAACACCAUACAAACAUCUAUCUUCACUGAAAAUAAAAAAAAUCCUCAUGUACAAAAAAACUAAACAAAAAAAAACCCUUUCCCUCAGAUCCUGGUCUGUAUGUUGGUGUCACCCACAAUAACGUCUGUCAAAGUACCCUAAAGGUAACAUGUACA